UUUUUUUUUUUUUUUUUGGGUAGCUCCGCAGUGCUGCUGUGUGUGUGAGCUGAUAAACCGCUGGAAGCUGCAGGAAGGACUUCUACUUUUUACACUUCUCGAUUAUUCUUCCUGUUCUUCCUCUUCUUCCUGUUCUUCCUCCUCUUCCUCUCUCUCUCUCUCUCUCUCUCUCUCUCUCUGUCUUUGUCUCCAUGCGAGUCUCUCUUUUCCGGCACCGUCGCAGACAGCGGGCCUUCCUGUAGCCGACGCCCCGGCCUCCCUCUACCUCCGGCCGGCGGAGCCUCCCAGCCGAGCCCCGCUGAGGUGGCCUUGGUUCCCCCGGUGGCGCGAUGCUGUAGAGCGGCAGGCGGAGGAGAUGCUUCUUCCGGACUGAACAGAGCCGAAAGCAGCGGAGGGAAAGCAGGAAGAUGUCCGGCAGGAUGCCUCUGACCCCGGUGAGCGAGAGAGAGUCCGAACAGCUAAAGACUUCAGACGGCCUCCCCGAGCCGCCGGCCCCACCCACCAAAUCAUCGAGCCGCCACAGUCUUCCGCCAUCUCGCAGCGCCGUGACGUCCAUCGCAGACGAACAGCCGCACGUUGGCAACUACCGCCUGCUGAAGACCAUCGGCAAGGGCAACUUCGCCAAAGUCAAACUGGCCAAACACACGCUGACGGGCCGAGAGGUCGCCAUCAAGAUCAUCGACAAAACUCAGCUGAACCCGACCAGUCUGCAGAAGCUCUUCAGGGAGGUCAGUGUGAUGAAGAUCCUCAACCACCCCAACAUCGUGAAGCUGUUUGAGGUGAUUGAGACGGAGAAAACUCUGUACCUGGUGAUGGAGUACGCCAGCGGAGGGGAAGUCUUUGACUACCUCGUUGCUCACGGACGAAUGAAGGAGAAGGAGGCCAGAGCCAAGUUUCGCCAGAUUGUGUCUGCAGUGGAGUACUGUCACCAGAAGAGGAUUGUACACCGAGACCUCAAGGCAGAGAACCUUCUGCUGGACGCCGACAUGAACAUCAAGAUCGCAGACUUUGGCUUCAGCAACGAGUUCACGCUGGGCAGUAAGCUGGACACGUUCUGUGGAUCUCCUCCUUACGCUGCUCCUGAACUCUUCCAGGGGAAGAAGUACGACGGGCCGGAGGUGGACGUCUGGAGUCUGGGAGUGAUUCUGUACACGCUGGUCAGCGGCUCGCUGCCAUUCGACGGACAGAACCUCAAGGAGCUGAGGGAGCGUGUUCUCAGAGGAAAGUACCGGAUUCCCUUCUACAUGUCGACAGACUGUGAGAACCUGCUGAAGAAGCUGCUGGUGCUCAACCCGGGGAAACGAGGCAGCCUGCAGCAAAUUAUGAAGGAUCGAUGGAUGAACGUCGGCUACGACGAGAAGGAGCUGAAAACAUACAACGAACCAGAACAAGACUUCAACGACCUCAAACGCAUCGAGCUGAUGGGGACGAUGGGCUUCCCUCAGGAGGAAGUGAUGAAGGCGCUGGACGGUCAGAAAUACAACGAGGUGACGGCGAUAUACCUGCUGCUGGGGAGAAAACCUGCUGAGUGCGAAGGCAGUGAGUCUUUGUCCAGCAGUAACCUGCUUCAUAGGUCCCGACCCAGCAGCGACCUCAACGGCUCCAGUCAGUCCCCCGCCCACUCUCGCAACGCCUCGGCAAAUCAGAAGCAGCGGCGCUUCAGCGACCACGUGGCACCGUCCAUCCCCCCACCCGUCUCCUACACGAAGCGGGGUCAUGCCAACAGCGUGGAGAGCGACAGGAAGGAAGAGCCGGCGUCUCCCAUCAGAGCUCCAGACCGCAGGAGGUCAGCCACUGCCUCAGGGAACAUAACUAGGAGGAACACGUAUGUUCAUGAGAGGACGAGCACUGACCGCCACUUGGCUGCUGUUCCCAACGGGAAGGAUAGCAGUCUACCUGAGGUACCUGCAGCAUCCCCCUCCCCAUCGCCGGGAUCAACCAUCUCGUCCGCACGCCCCCGUCAUGUCAAGUCCAUGUCGGCGUCGGGACAUCCCAUGAAGUCCAGCCUGCCCCCCAUCGACGACAACGCAGAGUACCAGAGCUCCCCCCAGCAGCCUCCGUCAUCACCCUCAGCCUUCAGCGUCACCAGCAGCAGCAGCGCCACUCCGGACCGGACCCGCUUCCCCCGCGGCUCCUCCAGCCGCUCCACCUUCCACGGCGCUCAGCUCCGAGACCGACGACCCGCCACCUACAACGGCCCGCCGGCCUCGCCCAGCCUGUCGACGCACGCCGGCGCAUCUCUGGCCACGCCCCGCCGCGGCACCUCCACCUCCCUCAUCGGGAAGUUCACCUCCAAGUUUGUACGCAGGAGUUUAUCCGGUGAGCCCAAAGAGGAGGGGCGGGAGUCCAAGCCCCGCGCCCUGCGCUUCACCUGGAGCAUGAAGACCACGUCCUCCAUGGAGCCGGGGGACAUCAUGAAGGAGAUCCGGAGGGUCCUGGACGCCAACAACUGUGACUACGAGCAGCGUGAGCGCUACUCGCUGUUCUGCGUGCACGGCGACGCGCGGCAGGACAGCCUGGUCCAAUGGGAGAUGGAGGUGUGCAAGCUGCCCCGCCUCUCGCUCAACGGCGUGCGCUUCAAGCGGAUCUCUGGCACGUCCAUCGCCUUCAAGAACAUCGCCUCCAAAGUGGCCAACGAGCUCAGGCUGUGAACAACUUCCGGUUGCUAUCAAAAGGAGAAUACCUCACAGAGCGGCGCCCCGCCGAGUGACGGCGGCCGUCUUGAGUUCCGCACCGCGCUAAACUGCUGUAUGACUCAGAGAAAACACACGUUAUUAUACUCAACACACUUGCUAUUUAAUGUUUCUCACUAAAUGUUUGCCAGUGAAACCAAAUAUUAAAGCUGACGGUGCAGAUAUUCAGCAGGUUGUGGUCCCCUCAGUGAUGAGAUCCAGAACAAACACCGGGGCUAACGAGGGUGUUCCCAUCUGUCACCGCCUGCCCGAGUGAAGACUUUGUCGGUUUAUCACUGUUUACAUGCACUUCAGAUUCUUCCGACACCUUGGAAACUGAAUUCUGAACCAUCCCGUUAAGAGGAACGAGGUCGGGCGGAAUAAAACUGAUUACACAGGUGGAGUUAUGUUGGAGAAACCUGAUGGAGUGUUUGGUUUCCACACUUUUUGGUGUUUGGCACCAAACGCUUCUCAUGUCAACGGGCCAGAAUGGUGAAGUAGCUAAACGCGGCAGAGUGUUGUGAAGACCAAACUCUAUGAAACCUGGAGUUUCAGCGAUCUGGUCUCUGGAGUGCAGGUAAACAGUCAGUGAAACACGACCUCCGCUGUACCUGUGCAACUCUCCUGGUGCAUGAGUAGCACAGAGGUAAAGCGGAACUCAGACACCAAAUAUAUUCUUCACAUUUGAAGUUUUAACCCCAAAAGAAGAAUAAACAAAUGAUUCAAACUUCCAUUUCGUCGAUGUCCACACAGUGUUACAUGACGGCAGAGAAUAAUGUUGGAACUUGGAUUUUUUAUUUGUUUUCUAGUCCAGUAACGCGUCAGCGACACUCGAUCAUUAUUGAAUGACAUCGGUGUAACUGGGCUCUACAUGUUGAGUUAGUCCGCUUCUCUUUGGGCCCUCAGUCUACUCAGUGUUAGACUGUAGAGGUUUAAACUGUGGUUUGUUAGUCCAGAGUGUGAUCAGCUGAUAUUCUCAUAUCUAACUCUACACUAACCUUCUAUUUCUAUUGUGACGUUUGAAGAAGAGCUUUGCUAAAGCAACACGUUGCCUGUUUAUUCCAUCCCGUCAUUGGCUGCAUUAUAGUGAAACACUUUACUCUGAAACAGGAAGCUGUUCAUAUUUAAAUUUGCACACAUUUUGAUGUCAAGCUCCCAGUUUAUUUUACCAAUGACUGUUGAUUUAUUCUCUUGUUAUCUUUGUCUCUUUCUGCUGGUCUCAGUUGUCGGUCUGGUUUUAAAACAAACUGAAAACGUAUCCUCGUCGGCGGAGAGAUGCUCCGAAGCGUAGACGUUGGAUCAUCAAUGUUGGUCUCCCCAUCGUUCUGUCUGAUUUUAUAUAACUAGAAGCUACAUGUCGUUAGUUUCCCCUCCUGACUUUAAACACCCGUCAGUUCUCCUGAUGAUGAUUUUAUUUUUUUGCUGUCACGCUGACGUUUGCAUUAAAUAUCCAGUUGCGCUGUUGAGUUGCACAGUUUACAGUCGAGGUAAUGAGUCAUGAAGUGUGACGUACAGUCGGUGACGUCAUCCUCCCUGGCCUGUGUCCUCUGACCCCCCCCCUUGUUGGCUGAUGUUAAUACUAUUGCAAUAAUACUGGAGCUCUCGGUCGAUGAUGUCAGCGGUUCAAACACAAACUCUAAAGCUCUUCUUUCUUUUCUUUUCUUUUCUUUUUUUUAACACAUUUGCAGCUGACGGAACAGAAUGUGUUUUUAUUAUUUUAUUUUUGUUGCUGCAUAAAACCAUACCUGUCCAGGUGAAUAUGUGCAGGUACAGUAUUGAUCAGUUGGUUUUUAUUUGGUCCACACUGUCGACGUUUGUUUUCACUGAGAAUCUGACUUUCUUUCUUUUCAAAGCUUUUAACAGCGAGAUAUAAAACGUAAUGUUUAUGUUGCAUUAAACCAGAACCCCAUGAGCAAUCACGAUGUCCCCUGUUCAAACCUAAAGGAUCAGUCUGGUGUUUCUUUCUAUAUGUAUAUAUUUGUUUUUUUUUAUAAUCAACUAAUCUCACGUGCUUCCUGUCUGUGGCUCUCAGCUCCGAGCCCAUUGGAUCCCACUGAAGACGUAAAUCUUUAAAAAUAUGAAGUUUAAUGUUUAAAAAAAGGCUACAUAAUUUCCUAAAACAGCUGGUGACUCUUUUUAGUUUUUACAUUUUUUUUAAAUUUUAUUUUAUUUUGUAAACAAACGGAGGAAAUCAUCUUGUUGGGACUAUUUUCCGCAGCGGAUUAAUCCACAUUUGUCGCUCUAGUGACUAUUUAGUAAGACAUAUGAGACACACACACACACAGUCAGUAAAUACGUUCACUAUUGGUUUUGGUCUUUUCUUGUUGGGAAGAAGCGACGUGUAGAAAAUCACCAGAUUUAUCCUUUAAAGGACAAUUGCAGCAGAACUGGAGUUUCCUGUUCGUUGCUGGUUGCUGGCAGAUGACCCUGUAUGUGUUCCACCACUGACUGCCUUCUGAAUGUACUGCUUUGUAUUUCCGAUGCAUUCAGUUGUCUCAGAGGAAACGAGCGGUCUGUGGGGUUUAAGUGUUUCUGUAUAUUUUGAAUUUCGUUCCCACGAGUCCACCGAGUCCGUACAGUGUCGAGGUCCCGAGGGGGUUCACCGUGCAAUGGUUCUCCGUCACUACUGAAACUGGAGAACACUUUGUGCUGUACGUUUCGAGCACUUAAAAACUGGGAAGGGAACAAACGACGCAAACCUCGCGUCCCUGCGUGACGUGGAGGAGAGGGCCGAAAAGGUGUGACUACGCCGCUGCCUUCAGGUCACCUGGGGAAAGACUGUAAAUCUGAGCCUCUUACUUGAAAAUAGCCUUCGCCUCAAGCUUCCAGAUAAUAACUCGUUCCAUGUGACCGACCGGCUCGUCGUGAGCAGGAAAGUAGCAGAAGUCCAGUGUAGCCAUGAUCGAUUAAAAACAUUUUGAAUAAAAACCACA